CCUCAAUCUCCAUCAAGCGAUCGUCAACUAUUACAGCUGGUAAUCAUGGUUUCCAAAGUGGCUCUCCUCCUCGCCGUCCUGGCUUGCAGCCAGUACAUGGCCCAGGGUGUCUACGUCGUCCCCAAAGCGGAGUGGGGCGGUCGCGGUGCCAAGUGGACCGUUGGCCUGGGCAACUACCUCAGCUACGCCAUCAUUCACCACACCGCCGGCGCCUACUGCGAGACCCGUGCCCAGUGCAACGCCGUCCUCCAGAGCGUCCAGAGCUACCACAUGGACUCCCUGGGCUGGCCCGACAUCGGCUACAACUUCCUCAUCGGCGGAGAUGGCAAUGUGUACGAGGGCCGAGGCUGGAACAACAUGGGUGCCCAUGCCGCCGAGUGGAACCCCUACAGCAUCGGCAUUAGCUUCCUGGGCAACUACAACUGGGACACUCUGGAGCCGAACAUGAUCUCUGCCGCCCAGCAGCUGCUCCAGGAUGCCGUCAACCGUGGCCAGCUCAGCUCCGGCUACAUCCUGUACGGCCAUCGUCAGGUCAGUGCCACCGAGUGCCCCGGUACCCACAUCUGGAACGAGAUCCGGGGAUGGUCCCACUGGUCUGGUUAAAUUCCCAAUUCUUCCUCAAUAAACACACACGAACAGAAAUGAAUAAUA